AUGCAGCUAAUCUCGGCGGCUAUCUUCGGUCUUGUCCCGCUAACUCUGGCUAAUUCGGUUCUGGUCUCUUUCCCUGCAGGGACUCCAGAUUCGGUGCUUCAGCAGGCCAAAGAUUCCGUUCUGAAUGCUGGUGGCCAAAUUACACAUGAGUUUACUCUGAUCAAAGGCUUUUCGGCCGACUGUCCGGAAGAAGCUAUCCAGCAGAUAUCAACCCAGUCCGCAGCUUACAAACCCACAAUCGAACAAGAUCAAAUGGUCUCGAUCCAGUAA